ACCAUUAAGUAGGACGCGUUUCAACGCCGCUCCUGAGCCGAUGACCAAUUUAUAAACUUAAACCGUCCAAACCGCGUUUUACUGGGCUCGUUUUCUUCCCGAAUUGUUUGUUAUAUUCUUUUUGAGCGAUCACUCCAAGAUACGUUUGGCAAUGACCUCCUCCCGUCCUAAAACGGAUUCAAGUAAAUCAAGCCGCGUCAAGCCUGGACUCCCAAUUGACGCUGCUAUUUUGGGGCCUGUGGAUUCUACAUAUGCAGAGCUUCUACAAUCCACCAUCGGUGCCCUUAAGAUGGACCUGUUUGACAAAAUCGACUCGUUGUCUACCAAUUUAAGAUCGGAGAUGUCUUUGAUGAAGGGUGAAUUCAAGACGGCGGUCGCAGGUAUGCACCAGAAGCUCGAGGCUCAGGGAGCUACUCUGGCUAAGCUAGAGCAGCAUGCUACCGACAAUGAUGCACGCAUCAUGGAGCUGGAGGCGAGCGUUGGCUCGAUGCUGACUAAGAUCACUCACCUUGAAGACAAAUGCGAGGACAUGGAGAGCAGAAUGAGGCGAAAUAACAUUCGUCUCAUCGGAAUUCCGGAGGGAGUGGAGGGUCCGCGACCGGCGGAAUUCAUGGCAAAGCUGCUGCAGGAGUUGCUCGGUUUCGCCGAGAGACCGCUUCUAGACCGGGCCCAUCGUAUCCUGCGUGACAAGCCCCGGGACGGUGGACCACCGCGUCCCGUCGUAAUUCGGGUUCAUCUUCUCCACGUCCGCAACGAGAUUCUGAGGAAGUCUUCGGAGGUAUCACCCAUUGUCUACAAGGAUGAUCUGAGCGAGCUCAAAGCCGACAGCAGCCCCGCCGAGGAGCACAUCAGCGCCAAGGAGAGAGGCGUGCUGGACGACGAGGACGACGAGAAGCGGGAGAUGGAGCGCGAGAGAGCUCACAAGGACGAGGACGGAGAGGACGAGGAUGACAAAAAGGAGCUGAGCGAGGAGCAAGAGCUGGAGGAGCUCAGGGCUCAGGUCCUGCAGUUGUUGCUGGAGCUAGAGGACGCCAGAGAGACCUCCAGUAAGCACCACGACAGCUUCUUGGAAUUGCAAGGAUUGUUGGAAGAUGAGCGGCUGGCCAGCGCCCAUCAGGCUGAAGCCUUCACUCGACAGAUCCAGAAUCUACAAGCCCAGCUGCGCUCGGUGCAGGAGGAGAUGGAGAGCCUGGAGGAGGAGAAAGAGAGUGAGCUAGCCGAGGCCCAGGAGGAGUUGCGUCUGGCCCAAGAGGAGGUGCUCCUGCUCCAGCAGGCUGCCGAGGAGGCGGCGGCAGAACGAGAAAAUGACAUCGCCUCCCUGCAGGAGGAGUUGUGUAGGCGCAGGGCUGAGCUUCAGCGCCUCAGCGAUGAGACACAGGAGUACGAGCUGGAGAUCACUACUCUGAGGGCCGAGAUCAGCAUGAAGAGUCAGCGCAGGGAGGCCGAAAGGAGGGAAGGCAACGUGGACGUGCUUAAGGAGGAGUGUCGGACCCUGCGAGAGGAGUGCCAAGCCCUAAAGGAGGACAACCAGCGCCUCUCGGAGCGGCUGCAGCUGCUUCAAAGACAGAGGACAUGCUCCAGUGUGUAUUUGUCCCUGAAGGAGGAAGACGUCGGCACUGAAAGCAGCGAGGGCAAGGAGAUGGUGACAGCCGCUGACGAUGUCAUGACCGAGAGCUACAUGACCAUGGCCCAGUCAGACAAUUGUCGGCUUGUGGACGCCUCCAUCCAGAAGAACAUCUCCUUCGACGGCAAGCCAGUGACACCCACAGGCUGGAAUGGUGGCAUCGGGGAGAUCUUCUCGCUCAGGGAGCAGCUGAAACAGGCAGAGGAGAAGGCUUCGCAGGUUCAGAGAGAGUGUAACGGGCUAAAGCAGGAGCUCCAAGAGUUGCAGGAACUAUACGACAGCAGUCAGAAAGAGAGGAAUGAAUUGGAGGAGGAACUUCAACGCUGCAAGGCAGAGCUGGAGAAGUUGUCUGAGGGGGCUCAGAGAUUCAUCCAUCCGUCUGAGCACCCUGUUCUCUCCAUCCCCUUCAUAGGAAUGAUUGUAAUAGUGGCUGUGGUCUGGUGCUGGUUGUCGGAGUUGGCGUCCCAGAGAGCAAGGGGAGCGAGCUAGGUUGGAACUCCAUCUUGACGGUCACCGCAGCCGCUGCCAUGCUGCUGAUGAUGACUGGCUUGUUGAGGGCUCUCGUCCGAUGUUGAGCAGGCAGAAGUGACAACCGCUUUUUAAAUAAACAGCGAGACGUCGGCUAAGGAGCGGUCAACAUCCACCUGCUGGACUCAACUGGAAUCCUCGCAAUACGACGGAAUCCCCCCGAGUGCCACGAAGGUACGACUCGUAUGCGAAGACGAAUGAGGAGCGUCACCAUGGCAACGGGUUGAGGACACUGACACUCUUCUUCUGUGAAUAGCAUUUCUCUUUUAGCUUUCGAUGUAGACCCAAUGGAUUUAUUUAAUCGUUAUUUAUUGAUUUGUUUGCUUCAAUAUUGUGUUUGUCAAUAGCAUCUAAUGCACUGAAAUGUACAUGUUCUUUUAAUUAUUGCAGGGGUUGAGCUUUUUUGCAGAGAUGUUUUAUGCCACAUUUGAUUAAAAUGGACAAAUGCAUUCGUCAUGACGAUACAAGGUUAAGGAAAAGGUUAACUGUAUAUGUAAAAUAUAUAAAAUAGAUCAUUAAUUACAUGAUUUAAAAUUCAUAUAAUUAAAAAAAAAAGAUUUGUACAGUGGUACUUUAAAUUUCAAGUGAUUUUUCAAGGUACAAGGUCGAUUUUUCCCUUCAUAUUGCAACAUUUUAGUUAAGAGUGAGCAGCAAGUUGAUGAAAUUGAGAAAAAUAAUGGAGCAAUAAGAGAUUUUAAUGUCAUCACAUUGGGCAAGCGGAGCCAAAGUCACUGAUGCAUUUUCAGGCAUACAGUAUAAUGAAAGGCACCAACAUGAAAUACAAAUAUGAAAUGAAAACACUUAGAAGGAACAUGGAACUAAUACUGUAAUUUUUGGUCUAUACAAUUCUACUGACUUUAAACUUCCCGCACCAAAUUCUCCAGGGAAUCUGUAUUUGUUCAUAUAUAAGUCACAUUGGACUUUUAGCCUCAGGUGUCCGCAUUGUAUUGAGUAAUUUGGACAGUAAUUUGGCCAAUAACUGGAGCUGCUGAUGUCACUCAUUAUCACUACAAAAAUAACUUUCUUUGUGUGAUGACAUUUAGCUUACUCACACAGUUGGACCAGUUUAUUUAUUGACAAUGUCCUUUGUUGCGUUUUUAUUGCUAUAUUUUACAAUUCAGUUCGAAUUUCCAAAUCAAAAACAUGUAAUUACAAACUUGCGUUGAUUUUCUGCAGGCUGAAACGAAAUAACACAUUUCAAUGAAAAAAAAAAUUUGUCAUGAGAUUGAAUUAAACCUAUAGGUCAAGGUAGCACUGUAUGUAAUUGAUUUAAUUAAACUGAAGCUAUUUUAGGUAGUUGUAUUUAUUAGUAUGUACAUUUCUUAUAAUAGUGAUUUAUUUGGGAUUUUAUUGAAUGUAAUGCAUUUUGUGGGGGGCAUUUCCCAAAAAAUAUUACAAAGCUCUUGAUAAUGUAACUUCUCAAUGGGCCAGGCUUUGGCCAACCCUGCAUUAAUAUCUUAUAACCAUCGUUUUAGACCCCUGAAACGCAAUAAAUGCAAAAGACAGCAGACUUCAUCCACCAUGAAUCUGCUCUUCUGUAUCAGAAUGUUUUUUUUUAAUUGUCCAAGACGACAAUGAGUUGCACCUGACUCUGCAUGUGUGUGUGUGCCUGUGAGUGAGAAGAUAAACACCAGCCGCAGCUCUUGCCUCAUUUUUGCUGCAGGCACUUUCGCGUUCUCCUCGGCGUUAUCGUCUCAUUUUCAACUCCCACUUCUGCCAAAAUAAUUGUCACUUGAUCAAGAGCCCGAAAGUCACCGUGGCAUCUCAAAUGAAUUCCCAGCCUUUUGUCGGGGGCACUCAACAAAAUCUCAGCAACUUUUGUGGUCUGAUGGUAGCUGUUAAUGGCUUUCGCCACAACUAUUAAGACUUCUCUUACUUUGGGCUCUAAUUUCACGCUUCAGAAAGCAUUCGUGGUUAAGUGGUGUGUUAUGUUGUUGUUAACAAUUGUAAUUAUUGCAGGUACACAAGCAGAGGGCUGAAUGUCUACAUUUGCUUAGUUUAAGAGCCACACAGAAAAAUAGAAAGCUGCUUUAAGCGGAGUAAAUGUAAUGUUUUUUAACAUCUAACGAGUUUAUUGUACAUACCCAUAAAUGAGCUAAAAUAUGAGCAUUUUACAAAGUCAUCAAAUGCUUGAUUAUCGCCAAACCAGACGUGUUUUUAGAGCUAUAUGAACAAAACGUGUACAUAGUAAAAAGUUAUUUAAAAAAUUUGUCUCUGGAAAGCUACUGUUUACAUGUGUGAAAUCUUUUAUUUAUUCAUUUUAGUUGUAUAAGAAAAAGCAUGCACAAUACUUUGGAAAGCCUUUUGAACAAUAUCAAGAUCCUUGAUAUCCAUCUUAAUGUAAACAUACUAGAACAAUUUUGAAGGCAGUAGUGGAAAAACAUUGAGUGUGUGUAAACAUUGUUCAUGGACCUUACGCUGGAGAUGCUAAAAAGGCUGUCUAUAAAGCUGUUUGAAUAGUUAUUUGAUAACCUUGAUGUGGAGAUACAAGUUUGUCCCAGUGAUGGUAAUUGUGCAGCAUAGUAGUUUACUAGAAAGGUGGAAUUGCAUGGUAGAAAUAAAGAAUAGAAGAUAAAGAAUGUGGUAUAUGGACCUGUGGAUAUCAAUGAUAUGGAAUAAAGCUUCAAAAGCUUUUCAUACAAAAUUACAAUCAACAUAAUGUCUGGAUGAUGUCACUUUAGUGUUAUUUAAUGUAAAUAAGAUCAAGACGGCACUAUAAUGCGGAUUUCCUAAAUUCCAUUUGUACCUGCUUUGUAGAAAGUUCUAUUUUAAAAAAAGAGCAUUGUAUAUUUGAUAUAGUCCAAUGUAAAAUGUCUAUUUAUGGUGACUUUGUUCCAAAGAGUAAUAAUGAUAAUAAUAAGCUGUAUGUUCCCUGGUGGUGUUGUGUGGCUGCAUGUGUUCAACUUUAGAUGCCAGCAAUAUGAUUCCACCAUGUCUUGCCAGUUGACUUCUUUUUCAUGCACAAUGUGUUUGUAAACGGCACAACAUUGCAACAGGAGAAAAAAAAUGUGUUUUAUUAUCUGUUGAUGCAAUCUGUCAACGAAUAGCUCGCAAUUAAAUUUGUCAUUGACUGCAAUGGAAUGCAACAAUGUUGUCUUAUUCGGAAAUUUGGAUCUGAACAAAGUGGAAACUUGAACGCUACAUAGAUGUCGUAAAAAUCUGAAUUUUUAUUCUAAUUGUGUGGCGGGGGAUUAUUCUGCAAAAUAAAAUGAUAAAUUCUGUUGGUGUGCUUGUUCUUAAAAAAAAAAAAAAAAAAAAAAAAAGAACAGCCUUCAUGAUAAUGCAAAAGUUGGAAUUUGACAAAAACAAUUCAGGACAAUUUGGCCAUGGGAAUCAUUUACUUUAUUUGCUCGAUCUUGAAUUAAAACAAAACAAACCACCCCAAAAAAGUAGUUUUUGUGAAAUUGCAUUAAACAUUAAAGUUGCCAGAGUACUUGUGAGUGGCCCAGCUCACUUUGAUCAGCUUCUUCUCUUUAGCAACUUGCUUUGCAUUUUCAUAGAGUUGUGUUUACUUUGGGCAUAGUUGUAGCUAUUUUGUUACUUGGAAGUCUAUUUUCACUGUCUGUGACUUGAGAAAAUAAAAAUAACUUGCUGAC